ACCUCCUCCACCUUCUCCUUUUCUUCCUCUCUCUAGUUUCUGCUUUCUCGCUAGGUUUCACUCAUGGCUUUGACCACCAAACCUCACCAACUCCAGAGAUCUUUCCUCUCUUCCAACCACCGUGUCUCCCCUCAACGCUACUCUGAAUCCGCGCCGUCAUGCCUGAGUUUCCGCCGCACCGGUGUGCAAUGCUCGGUGGUGUCUAAGGAGUGUAGAGUGAAAGGACUGAAAGCGAGGCAGAUUAUCGAUAGCAGAGGCAAUCCUACGGUGGAGGUUGAUCUGGUCACCGAUGAUCUUUACCGUUCGGCUGUUCCGAGUGGUGCAUCUACCGGGAUCUACGAGGCGCUUGAGCUUAGAGAUGGAGAUAAGAGUGUAUACGGUGGUAAAGGUGUCUUACAGGCUAUUAAGAACAUCAACGAACUUGUGGCGCCGAAACUCAUCGGAGUUGAUGUUAGGAACCAAGCUGAUGUUGAUGCUCUUAUGCUGGAACUGGAUGGAACCCCGAACAAGGCGAAACUCGGGGCUAACGCUAUACUAGGAGUAUCACUAAGCGUUUGCAGGGCAGGUGCUGGAGCCAAAGGAGUGCCUCUCUACAAACACAUCCAGGAACUCUCUGGAACAAAGGAGCUUGUUAUGCCAGUUCCUGCUUUCAACGUCAUCAAUGGAGGCAGUCACGCUGGGAACAGUUUGGCUAUGCAAGAGUUUAUGAUACUACCUGUAGGAGCAACUUCUUUCUCUGAGGCAUUUCAGAUGGGAAGUGAAGUUUACCAUACGUUGAAAGGGAUAAUCAAAAGCAAGUAUGGUCAAGAUGCUUGUAAUGUGGGAGAUGAAGGAGGAUUUGCUCCGAAUGUUCAAGAUAACAGGGAGGGACUAGUUCUGCUCAUAGAUGCUAUUGAAAAAGCUGGUUACACCGGAAAGAUCAAAAUAGGAAUGGAUGUAGCUGCGUCAGAGUUUUUCACGAAAGAUGGUAGAUACGAUUUGAACUUCAAGAAGCAGCCCAACGAUGGAGCUCAUGUUUUGUCAGCUGAGAGUCUUGCUGACCUCUACAGAGAGUUCAUCAAAGAUUUCCCUAUUGUAUCUAUCGAGGAUCCUUUUGACCAGGAUGAUUGGAGCUCGUGGGCUUCGUUGCAAUCCUCUGUUGAUAUCCAGCUCGUUGGUGAUGACUUGUUGGUCACUAACCCCACGAGGAUAGCUGAAGCUAUCAAGAAAAAGUCUUGCAAUGCUCUUUUGUUGAAGGUGAACCAGAUUGGGACAGUGACUGAGUCAAUUCAAGCAGCACUUGACUCCAAAGCUGCAGGCUGGGGUGUGAUGGUUAGUCACAGGAGUGGAGAGACAGAGGAUAACUUUAUCGCUGAUCUUGCUGUUGGUUUGGCAAGUGGACAGAUCAAAACUGGUGCUCCUUGCCGAAGUGAACGCUUGUCAAAAUACAACCAGCUUCUCCGUAUUGAAGAGGAACUCGGCAACGUGCGUUACGCCGGGGAAGCUUUCAGAUCACCGUGAGAAGAUUUGAGAAAGGCAUUCAUUGGCUUUUGCUUAUGUAACAACCAAAUGAGCCCUGCUUCGUAUCAUCUUUUGUAGCUUUCUCUUUAAGUUUUCUUUAUGAAAAAAAAAACAAAUAAAACGGAACAGCUUUUCCACUCGGAGUCUUUUGUUUGUAAUGUGAUUGAUGCUCAUGUUGACACUUUCAUUUUUCGGAUUCAUUGGAUAAUCAAACGGAGCGUACCAUUUGGCGUCA